AUGGCCUCGCCGCCGACAUUGGAGUCAGUUCCACUGCCUGCAGAUUGCAGCUGUCCGAUCACGCAGGACCUAAUGGAGGACCCAGUGGUGGCGUCGGAUGGCACCAGCUACGAACGGCGCGCCAUUGAGCAUUGGCUGCAAAGUCAUCGGACAAGCCCGCUGACCAACCUGCCACUAGCAAGCGACGAUCUCAUUCCCAACAAUGCGCUGAGGAGCGUGAUCCAGGAGCUACGAUGGAAGCGCCAAUCCGAGACCUUGCAGACUCGACCGUUGGAGGAUUUACGACCAAAACCCCGAGCGCCAUGGGACAUUCGUUUGACAGACAAGGAGAUGGAGGAGGGUGGUCCGGCCCUGCUCGUGCUCACGAUGAACCGUCGCCUUGCUUUCUUGCACUCUGCACUGCGAGAAGCAGCGCAGUCUUGA